UCUCGCCUCUCGGCAAACAGAGGAAGAAUAAGAGCAAAUUUUACGGCGAAUUAAAAGGAUUUUAGGAAGUCUACAUAAUUCAAGGAGAAACAAAUUUAAGAAAUGAUUUGUCUCAACAGAGCAUUUAGAUUUGCGUCGAGAAUGGUUUUCAGGGUGCAUCAAGAGUCUACAAAAUUUAAACAACCUUUAAAAGUAUUUUCGACUGCUGUCCUUGCCACAAUUCCACUAGCAACUCCAAUUUUCUGCUCUAACCAAGAGGAAAACAUGCCAAAUAAUUCAGGACUAGAAGAAUUAAAGUUACCUGAAGAAAAUGAAUUAAGCCUGAGGAAAAUGCUGAAGCACAGCUCGUACAACACGGUGGACUCGGCCCUCCAGAUUUUGCUGCUCACGUCGGCUGCCAUUUCAGAAGCCAGCCAGAAAUACAGGGAGUGUGUUGGAAACGAAGUGAUCGUCUUGAACCAAGAGCUGGAGGUGAGGAGUCUGGAGCUGAACGACCUGUCGAUUGCGCUCAGGGUGGAGGCCAAGGAGGCCGACUCGCGGCUGCAGGACCUCGUCCUUUUGAUGCAGUUCGUCGAGAAGCUGGUCGACGCCGCCGCCGAGGUUUCCUUCCUCACCGGCGCCGAGCAGCACAGCUUCGCCCUCUCCAACGCGGCCCACGAGGCCAAAAGACAGAUUGCAGAGGAAUUGGAGAAGAAUAAGGAAGCGGAGACGGAGCUGCGAGGGCUGCAGGCCAAAGUGAUUCGCAAGACUGAAACCGAAGAGACAAAAGAGACAGAAAUUACCAUCCCGGAUCCGAUUGACAAGCAAGGACAACAUAUUAUGCACAACAAUUUCUAAUAAAUGAAUAAUGACUU